UCUCCAUCUAUGGCUAAAAUUGACCAGAUAUUGAACCUACAUUGUAUUUCUUUAUCAGGCUGUAAAUCUGCAUCUGUACCAUUCACCCCCUUUUGUAUAAGAGUGCUUGCACAUUAUACAUGAUGUGAUGUAUAUACUCUAAAGAAUCAGUCGACGACAAUAACUUGAAAUGUUGGGAGAUAUUUAAUUAUGAAUUAUAUAUAAUUUAUUAACAUGUCAUCUCAAACAAAAGGCAACUAUAUUGGAAUUUCAAAUUUGCACGCGUCAGAAUAAUAGUUGGGUUUAACAAACGGGGGCCGGUCGUCGGAAUUCGAACACAACACAUUUUGAUCAUCAAAGAUUAUGAUACCAUCCAAUGUCAAUAAAUAGUUAGUCCCAAUAACUCGAAUUGUUGGGAGAGGUUCAAUUAUGAAUCAUAUAUCAUUUACUAACAUAUAUGAUGCAAUAAUGAUAUGAUUUGUUCAUGGUGAUCACUCAUAUUCUAUCUUUGUACGUUAAAUAAAAAAGUCCCCCUAUGAUUCGUUGUUGAUCUCCCAAUCGUACAUACCCGUAACAUUUUACGUGAAUCCCAAAUCAACAAAGCACGGGUGAUCCGUGAUUCACAAGUAAGAACCCGACAUUUAACUCACAAGACGCACGUUUUGUCGCUGAAAUGAAAGAGUUAUUGUAAGAACUCGAAAGUUAAACAUGCUCACUAUGGAGCACCGCAGAGAUGGGUGACCUUAUGAGAAACCACCUUAAUAAUGCACCCCAAAGACAAAAUUUGUGCGAGUCUAAACCCAUAACGAACCAUACAUUGUCGGAAAAAGAUUCGGAAUAUUACAAUGUUUGUGUUUGAAGUGUCAUAUUUUAGCCUUCAUAAUGCUAGUGUUCCUCAUGUGUGUCCAUUGAAUUUUUUUUUUUUUUUUGUGUCAAUAUAUUGCUUCUUAAGGAUGGCUGCCUACACACUUACACUUAUACAAACAAAUAAACAAAAAUCUGCUAGAAUGUAAAUUCACCCAAUAAAAACAGCAUUUACUUACAAGUGAGAAUGAAACAAGUAAAUAAAUAACCCUAGGGGCAGAAAUGGGAAUCUGUAGACAUUAUAGAGAGAGAAAGAGAAAGUAGCAGAAGGAGAGGAGGGUAGUCGUGGCCAGUGGGCAGCCGGGUUUCCGCAUUGGGUUUAGAAUCUAUGGUCUGUACUGUUCCUCCAAAUUAAUAAACAAAACAGAGUAGCCCUAGAAAAGGGUACUUUGAGAGAGCAUUUGGGGCUGCGGUAUCCCUUAUUAGAAGAAGGAGUGGAUGCAUGGAGGGGAAAAGGGCCACACAAAGGGACGAAAGACAGCUGCAUUGCACAUUCCCCACACCACAACCCUCUCUUCCAUUACUACUACUUCAUACAUAACUCCAAUCCUCAGUCGACAAAGUUCAUUCCCCGACUGCAGUCAUAUGGCCAAAAGAGGUUACAAUCGUCAGAAGACUACGAUACGAUGUCCAUGGUUUCGGACUCAAUGUGGAACAUAAUCGGACUCAGAUUAUAUAACUUGUUUCGUUGAAUGCCUUCGCACAGCGGUUCUCAUUCGUAAAAAAAAGCACGCUCGACCCGUUAUAACGUUAGUUUGAUGCGCAAGAUGAUAAAAUUGCAUUUGCCAAAAGUCAAAACUCAUUUUAUAAAACGUAUUUACAACGGUUAUCUCUCAAGUCAUCCGCAUGUUAGACGCGCGCGUAGCUUUCGUUCCGACGCCUGUUUAGGGGUUUUUUUAUUGUUGUUGGUAGGGGUGUUCAAACGGUGUGAUUACCAUGGUAACCGUUUUAACCAUUAUUAUUUGGAUAAUUUGGUUUGGUUAAUUUGGAUAAUUGGUUUGGUUUGGUUAAAGUUUUUUGCUUGUUUGGUUUAGGUGGUUUGGUUUGGUUUCAGACGCUCCUAACCAGUCAAACCAAAUUAACCAGAUAAACAAUUAGCCAUAUAUCUAAUAUAUACACAUACUUAAUACUUUGAAUAACCACUUAAGAGUUAAACGUUCAUCCCUUUUAGACUCAUAAAAUAUAAAGCUUGAUAUUGUUCAUAUAAUGUAUAUUUGUUUAUGUAGAUUGUAGACCACAACAUAUGAACGCCUAAUUUAGAUAAAUCUCAUACAUUAUGUUGGAUGAAAACUUGAAAGCAAUGUCUUUUUCAGCCUAUGAAAAUUGCUAAAAGACUAAGUCAAUUUAAACAAACACAACAAUUCAUUAACCCAUAUCAUUGUGAUAAAUUUUUGUUAGGUGAAUACUUCUAUACUAACCGUAAGAUAAUUGCCUAAGUUGCAUGUAUUUAGGUUAAAGGUCAACUAUAACCAAAUAUUGAUUGUUAUGUUUUAUUCAUUAUAUAAAUUGUGAAUUGAUAAAUUAACCGAAAAUUUUCUCACUUAAUGAUAAUGUGAUUUUAUAUUGGUUAAUCUGGUUAACCAAUUAACCAAACCGAUUAAACUUUAGUUUGGUUAAUUUGGUUGUUGUAUUAGUUUGGACGGUUUGGUUAUGAUAUUGUAUUCCAUGGUUAAUGAAAUUUAGCCUUAUUUGGUUUAGUUAUAACCAUGGUAACCAUUUGAACACCCCUAGUUGUUGGGUUGGGGGGGGGGGGAAGUAAAGAAAAGGGGAAAUGUGUGUGGGGGCGAUGGAAACGGCGACAGGCCCCUGCGUAUUUGUGGGAUUUUCGUACGUUGCCAGCUGUGUCCCGCUAAUUCCAGCUGGCAUCUCUUUUUCUCUCCUGCCGCCCUCUCUGUCCUCUCUGCUGCCCAUUGCCAGCCCACCACCCAAUUAUUUCCCACCUUUUUUUUUUUUUUUAAACACAUCGAGGACCAUUUUGGGUAGAGCCCACUUUCACCCGGCCCAACAGCCGAGCGGUAAAAAGUAAAAAGCCCUAGAUAAAAGAAGAGCUGUUGGUCCUUUUGAUCUGGGCCGUACGAGUUGGGGAUAGUACAGUGUUCAUUUAAUGAUCCUGACCGUACAUCCGUUUUACGGGUCGGGUGGAAGAGGGUUGACUCGAUUCACUGCCAGCGUGGCUGGCUGGCACCUGCUGACACAUCUUUUUUAAUAUUUUUUUUAUUUAUGUGGUGGCCUGGCGUGGUGGGGGCUGUGAUUUGGAGCACGUGCCUGUUUGUACUGUUUGUAGUCCUCCUGGCCGGGAAAACGAAAAUAAAAAAAAGAACAAUUAAAAGUCGGAAAAAUGGAAACGGGCCGGCCGGUCCCUCUACCGGCGGUUGAUUCCCUCCUGCUGGCCGGCGGCGAAGAGAUGUAAGGAAGUCAUUAGAAUUUUUAUAUAUAUAUAUAUAUAUACUUAUGUGCAACUAAAACUAUAAUGAUAUAAGAAUAAAAUGUAAUCUCAAAUGCUUGUGGUAUAAGAUAUUUAAAAAUACAAUUUUUAUAAUAAAUUUAAAUAUCAAGUUUCCACUUGUUUGUUUCAUUGUUUUCCCGACACAAUUUCGUGCAUAAAAUUCUACAUAAAAAUUAUAUACCAAAAUUCGACUCGUAUACAAUCAACAUGAUGUAUGCGCAUCACAAUUGUCGGUCGAGGCACUGGAAGCCGAUGCAUCCUUUCGGCCACAUGAUACUUGGGGAUGUUGUGUUCAUCUCUUACAUUAUAUACGAGUCAGGACCAAUAAAAAAAAUAUAAUUAAAUACAAUUCAUAUUGCACUCGUUGGCUGUCAGUUCAAAUAAUAUCGAUGGUCGCUCUCCUCAUAAUGCUCGAUGUUUUAACAUCUGAUUUCGUCGAAUUACCAUUUCUCUAUUAUAUUUUCGACUCUUUUCUAACCGUCUAACCCAUACGCCAUAAUUUUAUAUAUGGUUGUCGUCCGUCUAGGCCGUUGGCCAAAUUUUUUCUGGACCUUUCUUUAAUCACCCAUUUGACUUGUCCCCUUGACCAAUCGGAAUUUACGACAAAGAGAGGGGCGUUGCCCACAUGAAUACGUUCAAUUACUUUAUACAUGUAACGAGACACACUAAUGACAAACAUUUUUUUCUCCCCCACUACUAUUUAUUUAAUUAUAAUACGCCAUAAUCUCAAGUGAAUUAAAGGACAAAAAACGGCCCUAUUAAUUUAAUUAUUAUACGUGGAUUGUGACGAGGUCCUUACCUGUCAAACUGCUCUUUUUAUGGGGCAUGCGCACUUUGCUUAUGGGGUCGUCUUUAUCGUAUUAGGAGGAAAAGGAGACACGUAUUUAUUUAUAUAUGAAAAUACGUUUAUUAUUAUUUUUUAUAUAUAUUUUGAUGUGAUUUUAUUUAUUAUUUGGGUGUUUUAGUUUUGCAGCUGAACGACUCAUAGGGAAAUGCAGUCGUUUUGACAAUGAUAUUCUGAGGUGUGUGUGGGGAUAGGAUGGGUUUUGUUGAUAAUUUGAGAUUAAUUAAAAUUAAAUCAAUAUGAUAGAUAAGUUAAAGGGUUUAAACAGGCUUCUUCGUAACGUAGCUAAUGAUAUAACACAAUUUUCUGACCACAUAUGUAAAUUAUAAUUUAUCUUCGUCAAUCCGCUCUUCUGCAUUCUCGUUCACUUAAGUAUAAUAUCCCUUAUGUCGCGGCGGGAUUAUCUACAUCAAUCUUUAGACUUUUAACGGGUUGAACCUAUCUAUAUGUAUCACUUUUUUCUAUUACCGUCUAUUCAUCCAAUUCUCUCUUCUAUUAUGUCCUAUAUGUGUUUGAAACUCUCCGCUUUGUUCUCUAUUCCAAAUUUCUAAUUCUAUCCUAUUAUAUUCUUAUUAAUCUAUAGAUUGUUAGUUUUAGGUGUAUAAAUUCGUGCUUGAAACUAACAAUGGAUUUUAGACAAAGUCUAUUAUGAAACCCAAAUCCUUCACUAAAUCUAUCAAGCAAACAAGCCCUAAGAUGUAAGCAAGCUUCCUUGAUCAAACUAACAUUGCCAUCAGGGUUUUGGCAUCAAAAUCACAAAUUGGAAAUGGCCAAUCGGCCAUGGACAUGCAAUUAAGGGAAUCCAAUAUACAACUUUAUUUUGUGACUAGUUGGCAAUAUGUUAAUGUUGUUAAUUAAACUAUAGCUUACAUAUAUAUAUAAUUAUUAAUUAAUUAGUCACGUUGAUUAUGUUGUUAAAGUUAUACAUUUAAUUAUGUGUGCGCAUAAUGCCCUUUUCAUCUUUUUGGCAAUGAGUUAUGAUCGGACACUAUAGCCUCUCAUCAACUUGCAUGCAUACGGUAGAUAUGAUAAACGCGAUAAUAAUAAUAAUCUCCCAUAUCAAUUUGGCUUCUUUGGUCCAAAAGCAAGUUCCUAAUUAUUGUGUUGUUUAUAGCACCAUAGAUAGGCUAGAUUAUGGAGUGACAAUACUUUUAUUUGGUAAUUAUCAACUUCCCAAUUAGUUUUCUGUCUAUGAGGAGGUGUGCGCUUGAUUUGAAUGUGAAACAAAAUCUAUUGUAUAAUCGAAUAUGCUUAAACUAGGGCAAAGUGAGUUAAUAAAUAAGGUAUUGAAUUUCACCUAUUCAGUACAUCGAUCCGGAUCAAAAUAUUAUUUGGUUGAAUCCAACAUCAACAAAGUUAUAAUUGUUUUUGUAUUUCUUGAAUCUCGCGUUUCUGCAAUUCGACCAUGCAAACAGGAAAAUGGCAAGCUAUGUCGUAUUCAUACAAUUUUUUUUAAUUUUUUAAGAACAAUAAAAUAACAAUAACUCGGAGUUAAGGAAUUCAAAGCCGGUUAUAGCUUAAUAACCUCUCCUUGGAUUGGACCGCCUAAAAAGUAUAACUUGCAAUAAGCCGUAACCUUAAUUACUUCCAAUCAGACAACCAAAACUUGUCAUGUUUUAAUUCGUACGUACUUUAACAUCGAACCGCUUUUGACAGUAACUUACCGAAUCAUCACAAUUUACCAGACAUUGUACUGGUAUCUCAAUUCCCAUUCUUGUUAAUGCAAACACAUUACAUGCAAGUCACUUUCUUGUGCUCCAAAAGGAGGAAGAAAUAAAUGGAUGAAGGAAAGUCAUUUUCUUGGGCCAUAUAGUUUGACAGAUCUAGGAAAUAUAUUUUUCAUGGGAUCAAUUCAACAAUAACGAAACACACACAUAUGUAAAAAUUGACGCGCAGAGAGAAAGAGAAUUGAAGUGUGGACGACCAGGAAGAGAGAGUAGUAACUUGACUUGAUUCUCCUCUUCUUCUACCUACAUCACACUUCAAUGCGAUUGCGACCAUUCCCCCACACUUCUCUUGAUUUUCAAAUGAUUUCUGCUAAGAUUUUUCCAAAGGAAGAAAAUUUCAGUUUAUACUUGGAAAAUGAGAAAUUAGGUUGAUGAUCAAAUGCAUUCGAACUUAUGCAUUUGUGAAAACACGCCUGUUUAGAUAUGUUGAUUUGCUUAAUUGAAACUGAUAAUUCAUAUCAAGCAACAAAUAAAUGUUUUAACACGAUAUUGUAUGGACAUUCUGGUUGUUGCAAAAAAAAUUUGGUUUGUUUGGUUGGAAAAAGAUAGUAGGAUUUCUAGAGACAAAACAUAUGAUAGAGGCACGAUACUCAAUAGGAUUUAGUCAUAGAUUGUAGGUGAAUUAUUUUUCGUAAAAGGAUAUUUGGUCGGCUGAAUAGAGAGUUGUGUGGUUUCAAAUGUUUAUGGGUAUUAUUCAUAGUUGCGAUUUUGGAUGGUCGGGGGGUUUGGAACAACCAUGUUUCUAUGUGAUUAGUAGAUUUUCGGAAGGAUUUUGUAGCGACGUGCUCUUUCUAGUCGUUAUUUACUUAUUUGUAACUUUAUCUCUAUUCUUCACAAUCGGUGAAGGGUUUUACUUGCUAGAAAUUUAUUUCAUUCACAAAAUGUCAUAACAAGAAUUUACAACCAAAAUAACAAUAACAAAAUUGGUGAAAUUUACAAAAUAGUUAUCUCUUUAUUUCAAAUCCAUCAACUUCAAACCUUUGGUUCCAUUAGCACCACAUUAAUAAUAACCGCAAAACACGAUUUAGGAUUGGAUCAAGAGGUUGUGUCUUCAUUAUCUACCCAUGAGAAUGGUCAAUAUAUGCGAAAGAUGGUUUAUUUCUUUGAGAGGUCCUUUGCACGAAGGGGAUCAAUCACUAUUUUUCAUCUAUAACGCAUUGGUAAUUGAUUGUGUUUUCUUCUGCCAUAUUCAUAUAUGAAUAUGAAUCAAAUUUUAAAAAUACUUCGAAUCUCGUAAAUUAUUAGCUUCAAGUUCAUCGAUACCAAAAGCCACGAGCCACUUUAUACAGAAUUAAACUAAAUUUCUUGUUAAAAUAUACUCCGAUUUGCUUUGAUGUAAGUCAUUUUAGACGACCCCAAUUUGCCAUUUGGAUCAAUAUUUUGUUACACCAAUCUACUAAAUUUUAUUCAAUUACAAAAAUUAAUUAUGCCCACAUGUAAAUGGGAACACAAAUUCAGAAAGAUAUUUACACUUAAGUACCCAACCGGUAGGGAUGGCAAUGGGGCGGGUUUGGGGCGGGUUUGCUUAAACCAUCCCCAUACCCAUCUUCAAAUACCCAAACCCAUAUCCGCCCCAUACCCAUGCGGGGGAAUAUUUUGCAAACCCAUCCCCAUACCCGUGGGUUUCGGGUACCCAUGGGUAAUACCCAUACCCGUACAUCCAACAUUAUUAUACCUAAAACUUACAAGAAAAGUUCUAAUUAUAAUUCUAAACGAACAUAUUAUAUCAUGAAGUCAAUAAAACACGGUCAUUUUUUUAAUAUGAUUCAAAGAUUAUGAUCCUAAAAUAUCCAUUAAUACAUAAUAUAGAGUAUAAUAUUUUUCAAAUUAUUAUGUUCUAACUCGAUACAUCUACUAAAUAAUAAUUAACUAACAUAAUCUUGUUGACAAGAGGGAAAGUGAAAGAGUGAAAUGAGAAUUGAGAGAAAUGAAUUAGAUUUUGAUUAAGGCGGUCAAUCAAUUGCAUUUCUACUAUUUAUUUUCUCAAGUUAUCCUCAUCAUCAUUGAUAGAUUAUAAUUUGAUGCACAUAUUUUUUUAUAUAUGAAGAAAUUAUCUUGGUGGGGCGGGUAUGGGGAUGGGUAUGGGGCGGGGGAGGCUAAAACCAUACCCGCCCCAUACCCAUCAAACUUUUUGCGGGUUUUACCCAUACCCGCCCCAUACCCGGUCAAAGCGGGGAUUCCCCGCGUUGAAUGGGUCGGAGGCGGUCGGAUACCCGCGGCCAUGGGUUUGAUUGCCAUCCCUACCAACCGGCCAACCCUACCCGGGCCAUAACUUUCCAUAUCCUUCGUGGGCUCCUUCUGCAAUUUCUUUCCCAUGAUUUGGUUCCUUUCGUUUUCAGUUUUACACUCUUAAUCAUGAUCAUAUCUUUGUGGGGAUAAUCAAAAAAACUAUACACACACAUAAGUUCUUAUUUGGCUGCCCAAUAGAAGACAAUUGGAGUUCACAUUAAAUAAUUUUGAAUAACCAAACAUUCAUGAUGUACCGGUAUGUCUAUAAUGAUUUUUGUCUAAACUUCUAAUAAAAUUUAUCUAGAGCUUAGUCGACCACUUAUUGAGUGAUUGGCCGAUACAGUUGUAGUACCAUUACGUGAUAUGAUUUGUAUGGUUUAUAAUUAUCAACUGCAUUCAUCUUCGGUUGAAUCGUUUUAAGAGAGUAUGCCUAUUCCAAUAGGAAUUCAUACCACUACAUUUCACAUGGAACAUUAAGAUCGAGCAUCAUACGUGUAGACACCACAUUUUGUCCGGUCUGAUAUCUAUUGCGGGAACAUCGAAUUGCACUUCCAAUCGAGCCCGACCCCGAGGGACGGUUGCGACAAUACGAUCGACAUUUUCGUUGCAUAGGUCGAUCGGCCUGGCGUGCAUGUCGAUCUGUUUAACAUAGUUUCUGCCCUUUUUGUUACUUAACGACAUAUAUAUAUUCCAAAAACUAUGGAUAACUUUUUGCUUGGAUUUUAGACCAAGUUAGCAUAACAAAAUAUCCAGAUGAUGCAUAUUCAUUAGAUAAUGCUUAUCACGUCAUAAUCUGAUGCGUCGUACUUCAUUCUCAUCAUCCUUGCUAUUGUUACUGGACUGAGAAUUUGUUAGAAACAAGUUGAUUACAACAUAAUUCAUCCGGAUGAAAUUCAUCAUUUUCUUUUUACAUUUGUAAUUUUCAUAAAUUUAGAAUAGCUAGCCUAGUAGCAUGUUUGUUACAUGAGCAUAUAGUAUUGGCCUCAUGGGGGCAUAAUAAGUGGGCAACCGAAAGAAUAGAUAAAUUCAAGGAUUAGGAUGAUUAACCUGGUUUAAAAGUAUAUGAACUAAAUCGACUAGGUAUGAAAUUCAAGGGACUUAAAUGUGUGUUUUCCCAAAUCCCAGGGUUCUCUCCAAAGUCCAAAGUCCAAACUAAACCCUAAACCCCAUUUUUAUGUCAAAAGAAAAGGGAAAAGAAAAGAAAAAAAUCAAAAUACACCGCCUCCAAACCAUAAUUGUAAAUUUCCGUCCUAACGCCGCCGGAAACUGUCCACUUAGGUUUUCUCCCGCGGAGUCCUUUCCCCCACUCUUUCCUGCCGCCGCUUGCCGGUAUCUGGUUCGCCGUUUUCAUGUAAGUGGUAUCGCCUCUCUGGAUUGAUGUUCGUUUAGUUGUUGGUACUGCCUUGCCGCAUCUUGCAUUCUGCAGCUUGCUAAGCUUCUGUGCUUUCGAUUUCUUCCUCUAUACUGUUGUUAGCUGGUUCUACUACUCUGAUCUUCCUGAUUAAUUCUUUUGCUCCUGAGUAUGGUGAUUGUUCUUGCUUGCGCUGCCUUUGGAGUCGAUUGUAUGAUCUGCUCAUUCUUUUUUUAUUGGUCUCGUGAAGAAUUAGUCGUGAUAAUAUGAUUUCCCCUCUUUGUGUUGGACAGACAAUAUGCAGCACGAUGAGGUUAUAUGGCAAGUUAUCAGGCACAAUCACUGCAGUUUCAUGGCCAAGAUAACGGCAGGGAACUUCUGUAGGAACCCGUAUAACGUUACAGGCAUUUGCAAUCGGAGUUCUUGUCCCCUCGCCAACAGUCGAUACGCCACUAUCCGUGACCAUGAUGGUGUCUUCUAUCUGUACAUGAAAACCAUAGAGAGGGCUCAUAAGCCGAACCAGUUGUGGGAACGAGUGAAGUUGCCGAGGAAUUACGAGAAGGCACUUGAAAUUAUUGACAAGCAUCUGAUGUACUGGCCAAAGUUACUUAUUCACAAGAUAAAGCAGCGCCUAACAAAAAUGACUCAGAUGCGUAUUCGUAUGCGGAAACUUGCUUUAAAAACACGGGAGAAGGUAGUUACACUUCCUAGAAAAGAGAUCAAGAGAGACGCAAGAAGGUUGGAGAAAGCUGAGAAGGCAGCUGUUUUGGACAAGAGUAUUGAGAAAGAGUUGGUGGAAAGGCUCAACAAAAACGUUUACGGCGAUAUCCAUAACUAUCCAGUUAAGCAUUUCGAAAGUCUGCUUGACAUGGAAGAAUCCCAAAUUGAUGCUCAAGAAGAGGAAGAGGAGGAAUAUGAUGUCGAAUACCUUGAAGGUGAUUAUGAUGAACUGGAAGAGGAAGAUGACAUUGAAGAUUUUGGCAAAUUAGCUAUGGAUUUCCCAGAGGACCCUGGUGAUGAACUGGAUGGUGAUGAGAUGGACGCAGUUGGUUCAAGGGAAAAGAAAAGGUCCGGUUCUGCUCAUGGAAAGCUGGGCAACGAUGAAGCUAAGAAGAAGAAACCACGGGUGCUGGUUGAGGUCGAGGAUGAAGGUGCUGCUGGGAGACGAAAGGCAACCGUUUGAGAGGGAGAGAUUGCUACAUGGUUUCUUCACUUCCAGAUAGUCUCAGCUUAAAACCCCCUCUCAUUCAGAUGCUUACCAUUAUUCUCCUGGCGAAACUGUCACUCUGUAAGCCCGUCAGGGGACCUUCACAAACAGCGAGAAUGGAGUCGGACGUGUCAGCUGUAAAUCCCUGGUCAUUUUCCUUCUCAUCAGUUUUGUAACCUUAGGGUAUCAUACAACAGAACUAAGAUGUGAAAUCCGGAUGCACUCACUUCUUCUCUUCUCAUUUGUUCAAAGAAAGUUGGCUUAUGCUACGUUUGUCCACUGUUGCGGGUUUGUCUAAUACUUUCGAAUCCGUAUCACAUCAGGAUUUCGGGAACUUUGGGUUUGAACUUUGAAGUACUGUACUUCCAUGGUCACUAGUUACAUAUAAUUCAAUCUUAUAUAGAAUAACAUUCUCCAACAGAC